CAUGGUCCGGCAAGAGAGACGCUCGCUUUUUGAAUCGCAGGUGUCCGCUGCCGGCGCGCAAUGGCGGCGCUGCUAACAACAGUGGGCGCUUGAGGACGCGGCGCGCCUCGGCCUUUGUGUCCAGAGAGCACACGAUAGAGACUGGGGAAGGGAGCAGAAGAGACCACAGUAACAGAUUUUCCUUUAAUGCAGAGGUGGCUCUGCUGGAACCUGGGGGGGCCACACGGCAAAGCAGCACACAGCCCAGAAAAGAAAGCAGGCUCAGAGAACUGGAGUGAAUUUCUGUGGUUCAUUCUUCAAAGCAAUAGGCUUUAUUAUUUCAGUCAUCGAAGAAGAGAAACGAUGGCUGACAGUAGCAUAUUAACCUCCGCUACUGAGAAGACAAGCCUGGCAGAUUCUUCCAUUUUUGAUUCUAAAGUUAUUGAAACUUCUAAGGAAAAUGUAGUCGUUGGACAACCCAGGUCAUAUGUUGACGAGGAAAUGCCUCAGGUUGAGACAAGGAUGAUAUUAGUUCGAGAAGCUGCAAAGCAGGAAGAACUUAUCAAAGCCCUGCAGAAUAUUAAGAUAAUGGAAGUCCCUGUUUUAAAGAUAAAGGAAAGUUGUCCUGGAAAAGCGGAUGAGAAAUUAAUAAAAAGUGUUGUUAAUAUGGAAAUUAAAGUGCCCUUUAUAAAGAUGGAAUCAGUGGAAGAAUUUGAAGAUUUGGAUUCUCCAGAAUUUGAAAAUGUAUUUGUAGUCAUGGACUUUCAGGACUCUGUCUUCAGUGACUUAUAUAAGACUGACUGUAGAGUCAUUGGACCACCAGUUGUUUUAAACUGUGCACAAAAAGGAGAGCCUUUGCCGUUUUCAUGCCGUCCACUCUAUUGUACAAGUAUGAUAAAUCUGGUACUCUGCUUUACUGGAUUCCGGAAGAAAGAAGAACUAGUCAGAUUGGUGACAUUGGUUCAUCACAUGGGUGGAGUGAUUCGGAGAGACUUUAACUCAAAAGUCACACAUUUGGUGGCAAAUUAUACACAAGGAGAAAAGUUUAGGAUUGCUGUGAGCCUGGGUACUCCAAUUAUGAAUCCAGAAUGGAUUUAUAAAGCUUGGGAAAAACGAAAUGAACACAAUUUCCAUGCUGCAGCUGAUGACUUUCGAAAUGAAUUUAAAGUUCCUCCAUUUCAAGAUUGCAUUUUAAGUUUCCUGGGGUUUUCAGAUGAUGAGAAAGCCAACAUGGAAGAAAUGACUGAAAUGCAAGGAGGUAAUUGUUUACCAGUUGGAGAUGAGAGAUGUACUCAUCUGAUAGUUGAGGAGAAUGUAGUGAAAGAACUUCCAUUUGAACCUCUGAAAAAACUUUAUGUUGUCAAGCAAGAGUGGUUUUGGGGAAGUAUUCAAAUGGAUGCCCGAGCUGGAGAAACUAUGUACUUAUAUGAAAAGGCUAAUACUCCUGAGCUCAAGAAAUCAGUGUCCCUGCUGUCACUGAGUACUCCAAACAGCAAUCGCAAGAGGCGGCGUUUGAAGGACACACUUGCUCAACUCUCCAGAGAGACAGACUUGUCACCUUUCCCUCCCCGUAAGCGCCCAUCGGCCGAGCAUUCCCUUUCUAUCGGCUCCCUCCUUGACAUCUCUAACACACCGGAGUCCAGCAUCAACUGUGCAGAAACACCAAAGUCUUGUGCCAAAUCUUCUAAAAAUUCCACCCCAGUUCCCUCAAAGCAGUCAGCCAGGUGGCAAGUUGCAAAAGAGCUCUAUCAGACUGAAAGUAAUUAUGUAAAUAUAUUGGCUACAAUUAUUCAGUUAUUUCAGGUACCAUUGGAAGAGGAGGGACAACGUGGUGGGCCUAUCCUUGCACCAGAAGAGAUUAAGACUAUUUUUGGUAGCAUCCCAGAUAUAUUUGAUGUUCACACUAAGAUAAAGGACGAUCUUGAAGACCUUAUUGUUAACUGGGAUGAGAGCAAGAGCAUUGGCGACAUUUUUCUUAAAUACUCAAAAGAUCUGGUGAAGACCUACCCUCCAUUUGUAAACUUCUUUGAAAUGAGCAAGGAAACAAUUAUUAAAUGUGAAAAACAGAAACCAAGAUUCCAUGCUUUUCUAAAGAUAAACCAAGCCAAGCCAGAGUGUGGACGGCAGAGCCUUGCUGAACUCCUCAUCCGCCCAGUGCAGAGGCUGCCCAGCGUCGCCCUUCUUUUAAAUGAUCUUAAAAAGCAUACAGCUGAAGAAAAUCCUGACAAAAGCACUUUAGAGAAAGCUAUUGGAUCACUAAAGGAAGUAAUGACGCAUAUUAAUGAGGAUAAACGAAAAACAGAAGCUCAAAAGCAAAUUUUUGAUGUUGUUUAUGAAGUGGAUGGAUGCCCAGCAAAUCUUUUGUCUUCUCACCGAAGCUUGGUCCAGCGAGUUGAAACCAUUUCUCUAGGUGAGCACCCCUGUGACAGAGGAGAACAAGUCACUCUCUUUCUCUUCAAUGACUGCCUGGAGAUAGCAAGAAAACGACAUAAAGUUAUUGGCACUUUCAAGAGUCCUCCUGGCCAGGCCCGACCCCCAGCUUCUCUUAAACAUAUCCAUCUAAUGCCUCUUUCUCAAAUUAAGAAGGUGCUGGACAUCAGAGAGACUGAAGAUUGCCACAAUGCCUUUGCCUUGCUGGUGAGACCACCAACAGAACAGGCAAAUGUGCUGCUCAGCUUCCAGAUGACGUCAGAGGAGCUUCCAAAAGAAAGCUGGCUAAAGAUGCUCUGCCGACACGUAGCCAACACCAUUUGUAAAGCGGAUGCCGAAAAUCUUAUUUACACGGCUGAUCCAGAAACCUUUGAAGUAAAUACAAAAGACAUGGAUAGCACUUUGAGUAGAGCAUCUAGAGCAAUCAAGAAGACUUCCAAAAAGGUUACAAGAGCAUUCUCUUUCACCAAAACACCAAAAAGAGCUCUACGGAGGGCUCUUAUGUCAUCUCAGAGCUCGACGGAGGGAAGAAGUUCUCCCAGCAGUGACAAGCAUGUGAUAAGUCGUCUGUCUAGCACAUCAUCAUUAGCUGGAAUUCCAUCUCCCUCCCUAGUCAACCUGCCUUCCUUUUUCGAAAGAAGAAGUCAUACUUUAAGUAGAUCUACAACUCAUUUGAUAUGAAGCUUAAAGAAGUCUUACUCAAAUAAGAAACUGACUUAAAUGGUACUUGGUACUAGCUGGAAAGAAGAUAGGUAACACUAAAAUAUGCUAUUUGAUUUUUCUUCCUGAAAAGUAAGAUUGACUUCUUUUUUUUUUUUUUUACUUAAUUCAUGUAUAAAUUAUAUUGAUUUGAUGUAAUUUAUCGUUGCUCAACCCCCUCAUUCAAAGACAGAUAAUUUAAGUUAUUCAUGAAAUCAGUAGUCAUGAACAGGAUAUAAAGUAAAUAAAAUUUUAUUGGUAGGUGUCAAAUACUGCUGUGAAUCUGUUUGUAUAGUGUCCAUGAAUGAAUUUUUGGAACCACAUAUUUCUAUAUUUCAAAUUUUCAUAGAAAGUGAUGUUACUGUACUUCCUAGACCAAAACCUGCAUAGAUACCGGAGUGAAAGGUGAGGCUUGUUUCACCUGUGCUGUUUGAAGUAGUGAUUAACUGCUCCAUGGCUGUUUAUGUUUUCAAAUGUUUUUGAGAUUUAGCACAGGGGUAUAGCAAGAUUUGUCUUUGUUAGCAACGUUAUCAGUUUUAUAGAAGACUGUUUCAGAAUACUAUUGCAAGUCAGUGAGGACAAGAAGAUUAAAAAUUGUUUAUUUUCCACAAGCUGUUUUUCACAUACUUAACAGCUGUUUUGGACAUAAUAUAUUUAUGGUCAUUUCAUCCUCUGGCAAUCUUUAAUCAGUUUUACAACCUUUGAAAUGUAAGGCCUUGAAGAAACUAUAGUAAAGAUGUGUUAUACUCUUUGAGAAGUAAGUCGAGAGAUGGCAUCAGCUUUACUAAUCUGCUAUAAUAUACAUAACUAUGUGUAUGGCUACAUAAUUAAAUGGAAAUACACUUCUUGUAAAAUAUUUUUGAAACCCUUGUAUUUUCACAGUAAUAUUUUCAAAUAGUCAAUAAUACAAAGUAACCAAGUCUUAACAAAUAAAUGCAUUUUUAUUUCCUACCUGUUCAAGAAGUACUGCAAACUUUUAGUCACUUACUAGUUUUCAGUUAUCUACUUUAAUAGUUUAACUGAGUGUGUAGAUUUUUUCCCCCGAUGCCACGUAUGUGCCACUUGUAGAUAGGAAAUAACCUGUUAUUGCUCUUUUUUAAAAACAGUUGUAUUAGGAAAAACUUUGUAAAUAAAUACUUUAAAUUCA